AUGAUCGCACAAUACGUGGACCGCGAUCACCGCAACUGGGACGAAAGAAUCCCCGAACUGCAACUGGCUUACAAUACGGCGCGACACGAGGCAACCGGUUACACACCGGCGUUCCUAAAUCUCGGGCGAGAGAUAUUCACCCCCGCACGCGUCGGCGAAGCAAGGCCCCCUCCCACUCCGCCGCCAGACGACACACGACGCUACCUCGAGGAGGCCCAUGACCUAGUACGCGUACAUCUCGCACGCGCGUUCCAGAAGCAACAAAAAUACUACAACCUCCGCCGUCGCCCAUGGCAGCCAAAAAUAGGCGAGUGGGUGUGGAAAAGAGAACACCCCCUGUCCAACAAAGCCGCCGCGUUCAAUGCCAAAUUGGCACCGAAGUUCCGAGGGCCCCUCGAGGUACGCAACAAAAUCUCGCCUGUGAUCUUCGACCUACGCGAUAGGCGCGGACGAUGGACUCGGCACGUACACGUACAAGACUUAAAACCGGCACCUCGCGAAACCGACGAGAGGGGAGACACCGAUAAGGAAGCAACCGACCCCGGAGAGGAGACCGAGGACGAGCAGCCAAACAAUAAUAAAGGAGAUGACUCGAGCGGAGAGGCAUAA